UAUUUUCACCGAAAUCACGUUAUCGAGGAAUAACAGAGAAUUCGCGGGGAAGUCGCUGAAAUUGCAUCGCAUCACUCAAGAGAGCAAUCCUGAUUUUCUGAAAUGAAGGUAACGAUAAAGAGUUGGACAGGCGUCGCCACCUGGCGAUGGAUCGCAAACGAUGACAAUUGCGGCAUAUGCAGGAUGCCGUUCGACGCCAGCUGUCCAGAUUGCAAGAUCCCUGGGGAUGACUGUCCACUAGUGUGGGGGCAGUGCUCGCAUUGUUUUCAUAUACACUGCAUCAUGAAGUGGCUGCAUUCGCAGCAGACCAACCACAUAUGCCCGAUGUGUCGCCAGGAGUGGAAGUUCAAGGAGUAACCGCCGCUUAUCCCGCAGGCCCGCAGGUGUCAGCACGCAGCGAGUGAUCAGUAUACAAGAAAGGAUCGCGAUGUCUUCCCUGCAAGGAUUACCCCCGUUACCA